AUGGCCAACUCUCCUCACGGUGGUGUCCUCAAGGACUUGCUCGCCCGCGAUGCUCCCCGCCAGAUCGAACUCAGCGCUGAGGCCGAUACCCUCCCCGCCAUUGUUCUCACUGAGCGCCAGCUGUGUGAUUUGGAACUUAUCAUGAAUGGUGGUUUCUCUCCUCUUGAGGGAUUCAUGAACCAGGCCGACUAUGAUGGCGUCUGCGAGAACAACCGCCUUACCGAUGGCAAUGUCUUCUCUAUGCCCAUUACACUCGAUGCCAGCCAGGAGAUUAUUACUAAGAACAAGCUGAAGGCCGGUUCCCGUAUCACUCUGCGUGAUUUCCGUGAUGACCGCAACCUUGCUAUUCUUACCAUUGACGACAUCUACCGCCCCGAUAAGACCCGUGAGGGCAAGCUCGUGUUCGGCGGCGACCCGGAACAUCCGGCCAUCAAGUACUUGAACGAGACCGUCCAGGAAUUCUACAUUGGUGGUAAGAUCGAGGCUAUCCACAAGCUGAACCACUACGACUAUGUCGCUCUCCGCUACACACCCGCCGAGCUGCGCAUUCACUUCGACAAACUGGGCUGGUCCCGCGUCGUCGCUUUCCAGACUCGUAACCCCAUGCAUCGCGCUCACCGUGAGCUGACUGUCCGCGCUGCCCGCUCUCGCCAAGCCAAUGUCCUGAUCCACCCCGUCGUCGGUCUGACUAAGCCCGGUGACAUUGACCACUUCACUCGUGUCCGUGCAUAUGAGGCUCUCCUGCCCCGCUACCCCAAUGGCAUGGCCGUCCUGGGUCUGCUCGGUCUCGCCAUGCGUAUGGGUGGUCCCCGCGAGGCCAUUUGGCACGCUAUCAUCCGCAAGAACCACGGUGCCACCCACUUCAUCGUCGGUCGUGACCACGCCGGUCCCGGUAGCAACUCCAAGGGCGAGGACUUCUACGGUCCCUACGACGCUCAGCACGCCGUCGAGAAGUACAAGGAUGAGCUCGGCAUCGAGGUCGUCGAGUUCCAGAUGGUCACCUACCUACCCGAUACCGACGAGUACCGCCCCGUCGACCAGGUCCCCGCUGGUGUCAAGACCCUGAACAUCUCCGGUACCGAGCUCCGCCGCCGUCUCAAGACCGGCGCCCACAUCCCCGAGUGGUUCUCCUACCCCGAGGUUGUCAAGAUCCUGCGCGAGUCCAACCCUCCCCGUAACAGCCAGGGUUUCACUAUCUUCUUGACCGGUUACCAAAACUCCGGCAAGGACGCCAUUGCCCGUGCUCUCCAGGUGACCCUGAACCAGCAGAGCGGCCGCUCCGUCUCACUGCUGCUCGGUGAUACUGUCCGCCACGAGCUCUCUUCCGAACUCGGCUUCACCGCCGAAGACCGCCACACCAACAUCCAGCGCAUCGCCUUUGUCGCAACCGAGCUGACCCGCGCCGGUGCCGCCGUCAUCGCUUCCCCCAUCGCUCCCUACGAAUGCUCCCGCAAGUAUGCUCGCGACCAAAUCUCCCAAGCCGGCUCCUUCUUCCUGGUCCACGUCGCCACUCCUCUGGAGUACUGCGAGGCUACUGACAAGCGUGGUAUCUACGCCAGUGCCCGCCGUGGCGAGAUCAAGGGUUUCACUGGUGUCGAUGACCCCUAUGAGACUCCUGAGAAGGCUGACCUUGUUGUUGACUUCUCCAAGCAGUCUGUCCGCUCUAUUGUCCACGAGAUCAUCCUUGUACUUGAGAGCGAGGGCUUCUUCGAGAAGGGCCAGUAA